CUACAUUGAUUUAAUGCAUUACUGGAGCUGCUGGACACAGAGAGAAAGAGAGAGAGAUAGAGAGGGGGAUAGAGAAAGAGAGAGAGAAAGAGAGAGAGAGAGUCUCUCCUGACUGCAUUAGCACUGCCUCCAGCCUUUGUGAUUCCUUUUGAUCAAAUCUGUGUGAAAGAUGAGUGUCAUGCCCUCGUCCAGCCAGCUGUGAGCGACUCUGCCCUGCCGGGGGAGGGGGAGGGCCAUGGAGGUGUGUGUAAGUGUGUGUGUGUGUGUGGGAGAGAGAGAGAGAGAGAGAGAGAGAGAGAGAGAGAGAGAGAGAGAGAGAGAGAGAGAGAGAGAGAGAGAGAGAAAGAGAGGGAGAGAGAGAAUCUCACCCAUCUUGAGUAGUUUAGUUUUAGUGUGUGAGCUCAGGAGCAUGGACAGCAGUGUGUGAGUGUGUGUGUGAUUGUGAGAGUGUGUGUUUAACAGGAGUGUGAAUUUCAGGUGAAGGUUGUGUGUGUGUGUGUGUGUGAGAGAGAGAGAGUGUGUGUAGGUGUGUGUGGUGGCUCUCUCUCUCUCUCCCUCUCUGCAGAACUUGUACAGACAGGAGCAGGAAAUGGCCAGGAAGUUCUCAGCACGGCUGGAAUCUGCAGUGUAGGAUCAUGGCUCAGGCUAUCUGCUGUACGAUGGUAAACUGUUCCUGUGACAGUUUUAGUCCGGGGAAACUGAGACGACGACAGUGUGAAAACUGCAGACACGGCUGGGUGGCCCAUGCUCUGAGUAAGCUGAAGGUGCAUCACAUGUAUCAGGGCAGUCAGGUGGAGAUCGUGCACUCGGACGUGGUGUUUGAUAUCUGCAGUCUGAUGCUGUACGGUACGCAGGCCGUCCCCGUCCGCCUGAAGAUCCUGCUGGACCGACUCUUCAGCGUCCUGAAGCAGGACGAGGUCAUCCAGAUCCUCAGCGCACUGGACUGGACUCUGCAGGACUACAUCCGAGGAUACGUGCUACAGGACGUGGCGGGUAAAGUGCUGGACCGCUGGGCCAUCAUGACCUUUGAGGAGGAGAUUGCAACGUUGCAGCAGUUCCUUCGCUUCGGAGAGACCAAGUCCAUCGUGGAGCUGAUGGCCCUGCAGGACAAGGAAGGGCAGGCGGUCGUCGUGCCGACAGUCAGGGCCAACUCCGACAUCCGCAGCUUCAUCGAGAGCAGCAUGCAGCGUCCCGCCGUCCCUCUGCCUAAAUCAGAGCCGCUAAGCAGAAGCAACGGCCACCCUUUUGAGAGUCUGGUGAACAACAACAUGGCUUUCAUGCUGCCUCUGCAGCUGAUCAACUCAGUCCCUGCUCCGCUGCUGAGCUCCAGAGCGGACCCGAGCCAGCAGGAGGCGCCGGUUAUGCGUGACGCUCUGGACCUCAGCCCUGACAACUCUAAUCAAUUCAUGUCUGACCCCGAGAGGGAAGACAUCCACGUAGAGAGAGUGAACACCAAGUUAGAAUGUGAGGAUUUCACAAUCAGUGAUAACUACUCGUCCCCCUCGACGCCCUGCACGCCCUCCAUCAGCUCAGACAUCACGCAGAUGUCCCCGGAAUCAAAGAUCCGCUCGGGAGAGAAAAGUGCGCUGAUGAAGAAAGGCCGUGUGUUCUGCAGCGCCUGUGAGAAGACCUUCUACGACAAGGGCACGCUCAAGAUCCACUACAACGCAGUGCACCUCAAGAUUAAGCACAAGUGCACGAUUGAGGGAUGCAACAUGGUCUUCAGCUCUCUGCGGAGCCGCAACCGGCACAGCGCCAACCCCAACCCCCGGCUGCACAUGCCCAUGAACCGCAACAACCGGGAUAAGGACGGCAGCAGCCCUCAGGCGGAGAAGCGUGAGUAUGGAGCAGGAACGGGUUCAUCAGACAGCAGCAGGUCUGUCCCGGGCUACAUCAGCGCCGAGCCCAAAAUGCACAGCUCCUUCCCAAGCGUCAGCCACAGCGGCAUCCUCUUCCCCAACCUGAAAACCGUGCAGCCCGUGCUUCCCUUUUAUCGCAGCCUGGUGACUCCAGCAGAGUUGGCAAACACACCUGGAAACCUGCCCUCCCUCCCACUGCUCUCCUCCUCCGUCUCCGUCAGCGUCAGAGAGAUGGCGAACAGCUCUGAACCCGUGCCCAAGAAGAAGUCCCGCAAGUCCAGCAUGCCCAUAAAGAUAGAGAAGGACGAGCUGGCUGAGGGCAGCGGAUCUGAUGAAGACGAGAGCGUCCCCGCCAGCGCGGAGGCCGGGACGGAGCAUGCAGUAGCGCACACCGACUGUGAUGAGCACGGCAUCGUCCCUCAGACCCUCCAAACACAGCUGUCCCACACAGAUGGAGCACAGUCAGAGGCCAGGCACUUCCAGCACGAGAGCUGCAUCACCGCCUGUCCAUCUCCCUUCAGUAGCAGCCAAAGAGACCCCCACUGCCCCAGCAACUGGGACUCCCAGCAACCAGAGGACCCAACCUGCUGCGAGGACAACGUGCCGAGAAAAACUCCCUGCCACACAGACGAGGACGCAGAGAUCUGCGAGGACGAUCUGAGAGCCGCCUGUGCUGACAGCGGAGAAGACCUGCAGAUAGUGACCUGUGAAGACGACGAGGAAGACGAGCUUCUCCAUCACUGCGAGAGCUGCGAUAAAUCCUUCAAAAAUCCCUACAGCGUGAAGAUGCAUUACCGCAGCGUGCACCUGAAGGAGAUGCACAUGUGCACUGUCGCCGGCUGCAACGCUGCCUUCCCUUCCCGCAGGAGCAGAGACCGACACAGUGCAAAUUUAAAUCUACAUCACAAGCUACUGACCAAAGAUCAUUACAGCACAUCAGGAGCAACGUUCACCCAGUCAUGCAGAGACCUUUCCAGUGACUUUACCUCCGAUUACCCUCAUAAAGAGCCUCUGAGUCAGACCUCUGUGAUCUUCAAGGGGAACAACCGCAUGGGCCUGGUGUUCCCCAUGAGCAAGGUGGUAGAGAACAUGGAGGGUCCACCAGAGGGCAUGCUGGAGGACGAGGCCGUGCUGGACCUGAGCACCAGAGGAAGUGGGCACUCCUCGUCCAGGGACUCUGAUGUGGGCAGUGAGGAAGGACUCCCCCUAGAGGAGGAAAGCGAUGAAAGCUGCGACGGGCUGAACAGCGGUCUGCCUGCAUCUCCAGCCGCUCAGCAGCUCCACAGCUCCUCUCCCAUUACCUGCCACGUCUGCCAGAAGGUUUACAGCAACAAGGGCACGUUCAGGGCGCACUACAAAACCGUACACCUUCGGCUGCUUCACAAGUGCAAGGUACCGGGCUGCGACACCACCUUCUCCUCCGUCAGGAGCCGGAACCGACACAGCCAGAACCCCAAUUUACACCGGAACCUCCCCGCAACAACCGUCCUCAACAAGGAGUAGAGCAAGCCUGCAAAAAAACACUAAAACACACCCGUCUCUCACAGAACGGAGGUGUUUACAGACAUACAGUGAGAACGUGUGUUAAGAAAACAAGCAUAGACCUUUACAAAACCUUCAUUGAUUCUGAGGUCCUUCAAGAUUUCCUUCUCAUAUCUGUUGACUAUUUCAAAUCACUAUUUGCAGGGCAAUCAAUAUCCUCGUCUGGUAUCUGGGGUUAGAUACUGGCUGGUUCAGUGUUCAGGCAGAUCGUGAAGUGACCUGAGAUUUGUAGAGCAGGUCAGCCGGGCACUGAGCUACAGGCUCGUCUAGAAAAUAAGUGAAACUGAAACUCAAGGUACAAAAGACCCACUCAAAAGAGCUGUACUCGAUGCAAAAAAGCGUUUAACUGAUUACAGUAGAAGCUUCUUUUAAUAUUUAAUAAUAAAAUAAAAAAAAUCUAGUCAUCUAGGGCUGGGCAAUGUACAGAAUUCUUGUUUUUUUUUUAAAUCCUCUCUAAAAUUGUUGAUUUUCUGAAGAAUUUACUAUCUUGACUAUCUUUGUCUGCCAUAGCCGGUAGGAUUUUGCCAGCUUUGGAAGACUUUUAUUGCGAUCAGUACCCCCAAAGAUGUCUAGACACAUCAGAUCACACAGAGAAUAGACAGGAGUAAAAAGUGAUUUAUAAUUUAUGCAGUUUAAUAGUCCUAUCUUACGCCAUACCAACAGUCUAUUUCCAUGCGUGGUAGUCUCGAGUAGUCUGAAGUGCGUUCAAGUAAAUUUCUGGUAUUGCUAUCUUGGCAACAGAAAACACAGGUGCUCCACUGACUGAAUACAACCUAGUUCAUUGCGAUAUUGGCAGUGAAUUGUGAACACAGAAUACAGGUGCAUCACCAACAUGUGUACACCUCAGCUUCUUAUGCACACAUGAACACACAGCAGUGCACAAACUAAUAGCGGUUCUCGAGGUCAAGACCUAGUUAAUGUUACAAACCAUCGACGCUAGGUUUAUGCCAUUAAGUAAGAGAGGGGCUGCUUGAAUAAAUUUAAAAUAAAUGUAUCUAUGGAACCCCAAACCCCUAAAUUCACCCCUGACUAUAUUUACCAUACAACGCACCCUUUUAAGCUUGUUUUUUCUGCUGCAAAUUUGGGUGGAUCGGAUUUAGCCUAAGCAAAUAAGCUCCAAUUGGUGUAGUGCAGUGGGAGGUCUUUGGACAUGCUAUUUGGACAUGUGGCUGUGUUUUAAACAUAACCGUAACUGUUCUCGGGGGCUUCUACUAGAAGCUUUCACUUCCCAAAUUGGCACAAUUGGCAUAAGCUUCAUGUUAAAGUCUGAGUACAUCUGUACACUAAUUUUGGCCAAGAAUCCUUAAGCUGUUUUUUUAAAUCUGUAUUUUUCUCAGACAUCCCAUUGAAAAUACAUUCAGUGUAAAAGCAGCUUUUUACACUAUAUUUUUCUAUCUAAUGAUUCGAAUGUCAGUCUGGAUUAGGACUGCAUGAUAUAUCGUUUGAGCAUCAUCAUCAUGAUGUGUGCAUGUAGUUUUAAAAGUACUUUUACACUUUUACUUAGUAAAAAGCUUGACUUCUGUUCAACUUCUGUUCAACUCUAGUAUCUAUAUUUCUAUCUACAGAGUAAUUAAUAGGAAUACUCUUGACAGCUUUGAUCCUGGUCCUUGAGCUGCACUGCCUUGAGCAUUUAUUGUUUUCUCUUCCACUGACCACGCCCUUUCAGAGUUAUUCAUGGGUUUAAUGACUUUUUGGACAAAGGUUAUAAGAACCUUGUAGACCUGCAAUUGCCCCAGUUUUAAUGGAACCAGGGAUACAUUAAAGAGUACACCAUCCACCGAGGGAGUUGCAUGGAUCUUUGUUUGUACAGAAAACCUACUAUUCGUUGGUUCCAGCUGGGAACAAACCUUUCUGAAAACUGAAACAGAGCCUGUUACACAUUGGUGAAAAAGCACUAUCACUGAUUUUCCUGCCUAUUAGGAUCCUCUCAGUGUUAGAGAACAUUAUCACAGGCAGAUUCCUCAAUUUUUUUCCCAAAUAUUGAAUGAACAUGCUCUACUGUCUAAACACAGUGUUUAACCUCAGGUGGAAAAAAAUCAGACCCUAGAUUAUUUUGGUUUUGUUUAUUAUUUAUUACUGAAGUCCACAUUUGUGUAUCCUAUUGAAUUAAAGGCUGUUUAGAUGAUGGUUCUCUCAAUGUAAAUGUGACUCUAACAGCAGUCGAGGAAAAUAUAGAUUUAGAAUUUUUAUGCAUGCGGUUUUUGUUUAUUACACUGCCCAGCCCCAGUGCUCACUCACCUGCACCUGCUGCUACAUACAAAAACUCCAAUGCAUCAACUAUACCUGUUUAUCUAAGGGCGUUUUCACACCAGCACUGUUUGAUCCAGUUAAAAAGGACUUGUGCUUGUGUGCUUUAUUGGUGCGCAUUUUGGUGCGUUUAGGGUUUUUAUACCUGUGUGAAACCAAACCAACAGAUGGAGAAACUCUCCAAAUAAAAAAAAUCACAAACUGAUCCAGAUCAUAGAAACCAACUACAGGUGUGAAAGCGCCUUAAAAAAACAACAUCACUUCUCACAGGUUCCCUUCUUCUAGUCUAAAUGUUACUCUACACACACACACACACUCAUACUAAAAAUCAUGGUUCUGUAUUUAUUUCUCUUGUUUUUUUAUGACCUGAGUAGUAGAGUCUUCUUCACCUUAGUAAACACAUUUAAAAUGAAUCUAAAAUCCUUUCCAGGGGUCAAAAUGUUCAAUAAAUUUUACUAUAAAAUCGUUUUACUAUAUAAUUGAUUUGGCACAUUUUUGCUGAGUAAACUCUAAAAACGUCUAAAAAAUCUGUCAUUUUUUAUUCAGCUAAUUCUUCAUUUUUAUUCUAUACUUCAUAUAUUAUAGUCAUAUAUUAGUUUCAUAACAGUCACUCGAUUCAUUGUUCAUUAUUUAUUAUUUAUUACUGAACAACUAGUUUACAAUUGCACUGAUAUGCUAAAAGAUGGGACAGCAGUAUUGGUCACUGGUCAUUAAUUAAUUAUUACCUCAGGGAAGAUUUUUGGAAACCUGUAUACGUUGUGAGUUGUUAUCUUGUGGCGAGGCGAGGCGUGAGCUAUCAGAAUGAACGAAUAAGUGUGGCCUGAUAGUCGGUGCCAGAUGGACACGCCAUGGCAAAAGGUUAUGAAACACAAUGAGUUAUCAGAAAGUUCCUGUCCCAGGACAUUUGGCACAUCAGUGUAGCUACAUAGUGUAGCUAAAGGCUACCGAGCUAGCAACAUUACCGGUGCUCUCAUUUUAGACUGAGAAAUAAACUAUAGACACAGCAAUUAUUCUUUCUUCUUUAUCCCAUUUUCUUCCCAAUUUAGCACGGCCAAUUACCCAACCCACUCAUUAAGACUCCCCCUAUCACUUGUGAUCCCCCAACACACCAGGACGAUGAAGACUAGCACAUGCCUCCUCUGAUACAUGUAAAGUCAGACUCCCCGUUUUUUCAAAUUGCUGCUGAUGCUGUAGCAUUACCGAGUAGCGUCACAGCGCUAACGCUCGGAGGAAAGCGCAGCGACUCGGUUCUGAUACAUCAGCUCACAGAUGCAGCCUUAUGCUGAUCCAAAUCACCCUAGGAGUGAUGAGGGGAAAGAGGUUCAUCUACUGUACCCACCCAGAGAGAGCACGACCAGUUGUGCUCUCUCAUGGCUCUGGCAGCUGAUGGCAAGCUGCAUGAUCGGGAUUCGAAUUAGCAAUCUCCCGAUCAUAAUGGCAGCACUUUAGACUGCUGGACCACUUGGGAGCCCCCACAGCAAUUAUUUUUAAGAUUUAUAGCAGCAUGUUAUAAAUGUUAAGACUCCUCAAUAAACAGCUUAUCACUGAUUGGAUAGAGCGAACUAAAGCUGAGGGCGAAUGUGGGUUACACACGUGAAUGAGUGUAUUUUACUUAUUUUACAGAGUUGCAUGUUUAUAACUAUUAUUUUUUUCAUUUUUGACUUCACACACUUACACAAACCCACACACAGCUGAUGCUACCGUACUGAACUCACAGGACGCUGUGAAGAUAAGUGUAGAUUACUGUGUUUUCUUUUACUUAUUUGCUGAUGUUUGCAACGGUGUGCCAAAUCAGUGCAACUUCUCCAGUCUGAAAGAACCUCGCCAGAUCAUUCCUCUCGUAAAAAGCUCAGUGUUUACAGUGAAGCGCGGGCCGUGUAAAAAGAGCUUCUCUGGAUUUUUGAUCUUUCUUCUUCUCGCUUGUUUUCAGCCGUUGCCGAUGUUACGUGUGUUAUUUUGAUGUGAAUGUGGAAUGUGAUCAGUGUUAUGGACAGAAUCGAGGAAACAGAGAGAGAGAGAGAGAGAGAGAAAAAGAGACAGUAUUAUUUCCUCAAAAAGCAAAAUUAGAGACAAUCAUUUAAACUCCACUGGAAAGAGGGAAUGGUGGAAUAAUGUUAAUGUGGAGGUGUGGACUGACCCCUGCUGGAGAAGAGAAGAGCUGGAGUUUAUUGAGAAGGAGGAGAAAAUCCUGAAAAAACGUCUGAAGAGACAAAUUUCCCUUUAUGAUAAAACUGUUCUGCUCCUCCAGCAGCAUCCCGAUACUCUGACUCACCUGUAAAUAAUCAGAAUAUAUGGUUUGAAAAUGUGUGUUUUAUUCCUCCUUUCAUUCUAAUGACCUGUCAGGUGUGUGUGUGUGUGUGUUUGAAGGUGCAGGAUUCACCUUGUGUCGUGUUUAUUAAUGUAUGUUAUUAUCAGUGAAUUGUUGUUUAUUGCUGUUUCUGAUGUUUAUUUGUGUUGUUUUUAUUGUUUCCAGUAAUUUUAUUGAGCUGAACUGUAAUUUUGGCUUCGUUUUAUCCGUCUUUAUUGAUCCGCUUAUUGACUCUAAAGCUGACCAAAGAAAAGCAAGGAGACAGAGAUACAGAGAGAGAGACAGGCUGAGAGACAGACAGUUUUGACUGAUGCAGUUCAAAAUAGUUCAACUUGAGAGAGAAAUUUUCAAUUCUACUGUAAAGAAAACUCAACUGUUUAACAGUACAUUAUUUCACACACUCACACACACACACACACACACACACACACACACACACACACACACACACACAUACACACACACACACACACACACUCACACACACACACACACACGAUUCCUCAGUCAGGUUUGUGUUGUUGUCUCUCCGCAGUUUAACAGUUACACAUGGUUUUCUUCUCCCUGUUGUGACACUUGGUCAAACCUAAUAAAGCCAUAAAGAACUGA